GACGAGGCCCUGAUUUAUUUUUCGUACAUCUACAAUGAUACAGUUUUAAUUAAAAUACAAAACUGCAAAAAUGCAGCCAAUUUAUAAAAGUAAUCCACACGACGAUUACGAGUUAAUACAAAAAAUAGGCUCGGGGACAUAUGGGGAUGUGUAUAAAGGCAGGAACAUACAAUCAGGGGAAUAUGCAGCUAUUAAAGUCAUAAAAAUAGAAUCGGGAGAUGACUUUCAGCAAAUUGAACAAGAAAUAACUAUGCUCAAAGCAUGUAAUCACAAAAACAUUAUCAGUUAUUAUGGCUCAUAUUUAAGGCGAGACAGAUUAUGGAUUUGUAUGGAAUUAUGUGCGAUCAGUCUGCAAGACAUUUAUCAAGUAAUUGGUCCAUGUACAGAACAGCAGAUAGCAUAUGUAUGUCGAGAGACACUUUUAGGAUUGCAAUAUUUGCAUAACCGUGGGAAAAUGCAUCGAGAUAUUAAAGGUGCAAAUAUACUCCUUACUGAUAAUGGUGAUGUCAAGCUCGCUGAUUUUGGUGUUUCGGCUCAAAUUACGGCUACAAUUAAUAAAAGAAAAAGUUUCAUUGGAACGCCUUACUGGAUGGCUCCAGAAGUUGCGGCUGUAGAGAGGAAGGGCGGAUAUAAUCACCUGUGUGAUAUAUGGGCUGUCGGAAUCACCGCAAUAGAACUUGCCGAAUUACAACCCCCAAUGUUUGAUCUACAUCCGAUGCGAGCAUUAUUUUUAAUGUCAAAAAGCGGAUUUAAACCACCGACGUUAAAAGAAAAAGAACUUUGGUCCCCAAUUUUUCAUUCCUUUGUUAAGAUUUCACUGACGAAAAAUCCAAAAAAGCGACCGAAUGCUGAGCGACUUCUUCAACAUCCGUUUGUUAAUGGUGGUGGUGCUGGAACAGGCGAAAUGUCUGUACGAUUAAUGAGAGAAUUACUUCAUAAAUAUCAGAAUCCUCACCAUUUAAAUGAUCAUGAUAUGGAUGAUGAAGGUGCUGUUGGAUUUUCAUCCGUUCCAAAACGCAUUCCAAGUAAAAUGGGAACCGUACAACGAGCACGUUCCAAUCAAAAGUCUGGAGAAAGUAGUAGCAGUAGCUCAAAGUUAAUGGUUACCAAUCACAAUUUAAAUAAUAAUAACAAUAAUAAUAGUAAUAAUAAUAGUACCGAUUCACAACUAUCACCUCCUGAGACUCUACCCAGCGAAAUGAGUUUAUCGAGUUACAUGGAUGCUCAAUGGGAUCGAGUGACAUUAAAGCACCAACAUGGAAGGAACUGUAGUCAUAAUAGUAAAGAGGAAUCAUCAAAAAAAGCUGAAUCUUCGACAUCUUUAACUCAAGUCACAGACGAAUCGCCCAAGCGUCAUAAUUCAAUGGAUCGAUUAGUUGGAAUGUUUAGUGAUCUUAGUUCCCCUGCAAAUCGUCAACGAAGUUUAAGUGAUAGUGAACAACAACAACCCGACAUUCUAAAUAAUUUAAAUAAUACUCCUCCUGUGCCUCCCAAACGUAAUAAACGUCACCGAUCUCCACCAUUCCACCAUCCAGUCUCAAACGGCUUACCGCCUACUCCAAAGGUCUUAAUGGGAGCAUGUUUCUCAAAAGUAUUUAAUGGGUGUCCACUUCAUAUCAAUUGCACAACAUCAUGGAUAAAUCCUGAAACUCGUGAUCAGCAUAUCAUAAUUGGCGCUGAAGAGGGAAUUUUUACACUUAAUAUGAAUGAAAUUCAUGAUGCUGUUAUAGAUCAAAUUUAUCCACGUAAAACAAUAUGGCUUUAUGUAAUUAAGGAUGUAUUGAUGAGCUUAAGUGGCAAGUCAAGUCAAUUAUAUCGUCACGAUCUGGUGGCUCUUCAUUCCAAGCAAGCAACAAGUCGAUUUACAUUACAAUUGCACAUGCAAAGAAUACCAGAAAAACUUGUCCCGCGAAAAUUUGCUCUAACUACAAAAGUACCAGAUACAAAAGGAUGCUUACAGUGCUGUGUUAUAAGAAAUCCUUACAAUGGAUAUAAAUAUUUAUGUGGUCGUGUUUCAUCUGGCAUAUUUCUAAUGCAGUGGUAUGAUCCAUUAAACAAAUUCAUGUUAUUAAAGCAAUGUGAUUGGCCUCCUUCAUCACACAAUUGUUCGAUCAUUAACGAUAAUUCAGUAUUUGAGAUGAUCAUUCUUCCUGAAUUAGAGUAUCCGUUGGUCUGUGUGGGAGUGUCAAAAUCAUUCGGUGGAAACGGAUUGAAGCUUGAAUUAAUCAAUACGAAUAGUGCCGCUGGUUGGUUUAACUUAUCGUACGAUGAUGAUUUCUCUGAUAUGGAUAGGACAGCAACAAUGAUUCCAAAACGACUUCCCCUAAAAAUAGCAAAAGUUCACCAGAUGGAAAAGGACAUAAUCGCUGUGGUACACGAUAAUGUUAUUGAGAUGAUAGAUUUAAGUGGACAACCGAAAACAUCCAAAAAGAUUUGUUUGUCUAGGUUUGAGUUCGAUUUUAAAGUGGAUGGAAUGGUUGUUGUUCAAAACGAUAGCAUUUUAGCAUUUCAUUCGCAUGGAAUGCAGGGGAGAUCUCUUAAAAAUGGUGCCAUUACGCAAGAAAUUACAGAUACGAGUAAAGUAUAUCGAUUGUUAGGAAGUGAAAAGGUCGUUUCUCUAGAGAGUAGUCAAACACGAAGCAAUAAUGAAGGAGGUGUUUCUGAAGAAUAUCAUGACCUAUAUACGUUAGCGGGUCAUGAAGCUAGUUAUUAGAAACAUGUUACUUCAAAAAUAAAAAAAAAUUAAAGUCAUUCUAAUAAACUGCAACAGAUACGAACAAAACCACAAUAUUUAAAAAAAAAAACUAGAGAAACUUUAAAGUAUUUAACACCAUUUUUGUGUAGACAAAAACGAAGAAUGUACUACAAAAUUCAGAAGAUAUUACCUUAGAACAUAGAAUGCAGGGAGAGACCAAUGUUCACAUACUUGACGCAAAUAUAUAUUUAAUUAAAGAAAAAAAAACUUUGUCGUUUUGAUGGUUUAAGAGAUAAAAACACUAAAAAUUCAAGAAAAAAAAAGUUAAUCAUCUCGUGUCGUUCAGAAACAAAACAAACGUUAUGUUUUUUAAAAUUCUUAGAUGUUAAAACAAGUCAUUAUCUUUUAAAAUUUAUGACGAUAAUAAUAAAAAUGGAGAAAUUAUUUUCUAGUUUAAGUUUAA